AACACACUCCAAGCCAACAAAGCAAGCACUCGUUAAGCUACCCAUCUAUUGUGUGUGUGUGGGAGAGUGUGAAAUGAAAGCCUGAAUACGCAUAGUUCAUCGGCAAGGAAGUGGCGUUCGUAGCGACGACAGCCAGCGGUGGCUUUUGUACGGAGAACCUUACGCAGCCAGCCAGCCAGCAUGCGAGGGAGCGAUGACUGGAUUUGAAUGGCCCUAGGCCUAUGAUUCAAUCUUGGAUGUGUUUACUGGGUAGCAGUUAUGACAGCAUGCAGUGUUCUACUGGGAGAAUUAUUUGAAAUGGAAUCUCUUUAACUGGAUUAUAAUCUGGAUUACCUCACAAUUUAUAACACUGCAAUGUACGGAAUAUGAGGUGAGACAUCAUGGAGGUGCCACAGAGGAGGGGUCAUCAGUUGAGGGCCGAGAAUGGACCCAGCUACCAGACACCGCCGAGCAAGGACAGGUCUGAUGGAGGAAUGUCGAAACAGGACCUACUUCAAAGGUUGAGAGCAAACAAGAAUCGGCACAAUGAUCAGCUGGUCUCCAGGACAACAAGACCCUCAGAAAUGCAGCCUAAUGGUCCAAUUCCUACAGGGAGACAACAGUCUAGUUUAAGUCCUACUGGGGGUCCACAGAGAAGUUUGAGUCCUACUGGAAGACGACAAUCUGGUUCUAGUCCUUCAGGCUGGAGGCCACAAUCUGGUACUAGUCCCACAGGGAGACCAGCAGUCUCCUCUGGUUUAAGUCCCGCUGGAAGACCACCAUCGGGUACUAGUCCAACUGGGAGAUCACAAUCUGGUACUAGUCCACCAAGGAGGCUAGUGUCUGAUACUAGCCCUACAGGGAGACCAAACCCUGGUACCAGUCCGACUGAGAGACCGCAUAAUGGCCAAGCUCCUAAUUUUGUGCGUGUUGAGGUUGAGGUCCAUGCUAAGAUGACUCCAGAACAAACUUCAGAAAGGAGAGAGAUUAUUCGCAGGAGAAGACGUUCAACUCAGCCACAAAGUGGCAUAGAUUCAAACAUUCCAGAGCAACAGAGCAAUGGUCCUGUUGCACCACCAAGGAGAAGAUACUCAACUGAUAGUGUAACAAAAGAUGAUAGUAGUCCUGAUAGCAGGCAACAGGAUAUUAAAAAGGAAGAAAGCAUCCCAAAGCCAAUGCCCCGCCCAAGACGUUCACAGAGUCAGGAUCGUGGAAUAGCACAACAGAAAAGAUCCGAUGCUGAGAAACAGUUCUUAUUAAAACAAUAUGAGCUUUUACAAAAGCAGAAACAGCAGCAAAUAGAGAAGGAAAGGCAACAGAGGAGUACAAGAGACAUGCAGAAAGUAAAAGUUCAGCAGGAGUUGCAAUUAUUGAGUGAGCAGGAACAGAGAGUUGUCCAUAAAUUACAAAAGUUUGAAAAUGGGGCUUCGACUAAUCACAAUGUUAACUGGGUUCGAAAGCAACAGCAGAUGUUUGACAGGCAGCAUGAUGUUAAGAUUCAAAGAAGUAGGAAAGACCAACACCUUGAAGCAACCAACGCAACCGUUCCAAAUGUUCAACAACUCCAGCAACAAGCACAACACCCACAACCAGCACAACGCCAACGGAGGCGCCGUCCUCAACCUGAGUCCAAGCCACAGGAACAGCAACAGUCAACUCAACAAACAAAAUAUAAACCACCUCCAGUUAUGCCAAAACCAAAGAGCCCAGAGCUGAUGGUUCAUUCAGUCACAAGACAGAAACCUAAUAAUCAAAAUCAGUAUUAUAAUGUGCAACAACAACAAUUACAUCAGCAAAGUGAAAAGAUGAGAUUGCAGCAAGAAAGGUUGAGGCAUCAAUAUCAUCAAUCCAAGAAAGACUCUUCUGCUGCUCAGCUUCAAGUUUCUGAACAUCAGGAUCAAAAGAGUAGGAGAUCAUCAUCAAGAAACAGUGAAGCAAGCAACCAAAGCCAUAGUUCUUCCGAUUCCAGCGAGGUUCGUUUGUUGCACUAUAAACGUAGAGAUUCUCUAGGUGAUUUUGAGCCUUCGAAAGAACACACUAAACCUCAAAUAAAAAAUCCUGUUGCCAGACUUUCUCAAGCACUUCGGAAGGGUACCUCAUCCCCAUCUCCACAAAAACAAAAUGAGAACAAUAUAGCCAAUAAUCUCAGGAGUGUGUUGGAACAAACUAAACCAGCUUCUUCAAAGAGAGAGGGAAUCUCCAGUCAAGAGAUGGAAGAGAUUAUUAGAAGAACAGCUGAACGCAUGAAACGAGAACAACAGCAAAUGAGAGAGGCUGAAACGAGGCAAAAUAGUAGUCCAGAACGCCCAAGACGGAGAAGAAGAGAAAGCCAAGGGAUCGGGGAGAGUAAAGUGCAGCAGACUACGAUGGGAAACAAGAAUCGGGUUACGAAUAUCAAAGCAGGAAGUAGUUCAUUGGAUGUUUACAACGCUCCACACACGGAUGUGACAAAGCCUCGGGAUCAAGGGUUACAUCGGGUUAAUGAUAGAAAAGAUAAUCUCGUGGCUGAACCCAAGACUAGUAUACAGAUCAAUGGUGGCCCUGAGAUGGGUUCAGGGGUGAGGAGUGGGACAGAUGAAAGUGAUGGGAUGGGAGAAGUUGCCAUGGUUGAAAAGAUUCCUCACGUUAAGCCUGACCAUGACACAAACACGAGAGGUAAACUUGGAGUUAGCAAAGAGCCUGACAAUGAUCCAAAACUGAUAUCAGAAGAUGAGAAGAUCAGGAAACUCAGUGCUAUCGAAGAAGAAUCAUCAUCCAGGAGUGAAAGUAGACAAAACUCAAUAGGGGGCGCUGUUAUAUCUUUAGAAGUAAACGCUAUCCAGUCAGACAGUGAGGAUAAAGCUUUGGAUGAAGCGCUUGGUUUACUUCAUGAACUUGCAUCCACUCAGGUUACAACAGACACAAAAUCAUUGGAAUUUUCAAACAAUGUAUCUCAGGUUAAUGUCAAAUCUAACGAAAGUAAAUCUUGUGAAAAUAAAUAUCCGGAUAAGAGGCCAACUUCUCCAAUUGGUGUUACAGAAUCUGCGUGUCUUGAAACACAAAGCAAGAAAUCUGAGAAUAAAUCUCCAGUUAAUAGAGCGUCUUCUUCCACUCCACAGGGAAUAGAAACCAGAUCUCUGGAGAAUAAAUUAACCGCACACAAUAAUGAGAGCACUGAUGGACAGGCCUCGUCUUUCCAUGGUAAACCCAUUAGCGAUGGUGUGAAAGUAAGCCCAGAGAGAGCAUUAGCUACCAGUCUUCCUGACUCUGUGAUAAGGAAUGUGAGCGGUGAGGACACACGUGCAGACAAGGCCCAAACAGAGGAAACAGUGCUCGGUAGAAAUAAACAGAGAGAGGAAAUACAGCCUAUAAGUAAUGCUACCAGUGGAACUAUUGAAAAGCGUCAUGAAGAUCUCUCCCGUACAGUGACUCCUAUACCAGAAGUGAUACAGGGUGAACCGGGAGAGGACGGGAUUGCUCUCCGUCGUAAGCGGUUUGUCAAGCAAGUGAGUUUCCACUCUGAAUCCGAAAAACUACAACAAGUGAUAGGAGAAGCAGACAAAGAAAGCUCUCCACCAGAAAAAUCUCAGAUUGAGACAUCGCCCGACUCGCCCAGGAGGGGCAUACUAGCGAGGGGACGUUUUUCGGGAAAACGUGAUCACCCGAGCCUGUCCAAGCAGACCGGGGAGAUGUAUCGCAGACCAAAGAGCGCCAUAUUUGAUGUUGCGAUCCGGAAGCAGCCGGAGAGCAAAGAGAAGAACGAUGGAGGCCGACAGAGGCCCAUGAGUGCCCUUUACAUCUCUGAAGGGGAUAGUGAUCCUAUGGACAGGGGAAGACCACUGCCAAAACAUUAUCGGCCUCAGAGCGACUCUCUGAUGCAGCUAGAUAAGUUUGAUAGUCUUCAGAUCAAGCCCAAAGCCAGGAGAGACCGAUCCCCGAGUCCGCUUGUAGUGUCUUCUGAUACGGGCCUUCGAGGGUUCACCAGCCCGGUGACGCAGCGUAAGCUGCGCGAUCGUCGUCGUACUCAGCAAAGGAUGCUACCGCCCCCUAGCAACACUUUGAGAAUGCCUCGACAACCAAGACCAGGCCGUAUGGCCGUCAUUGUUGAAUCGUUGAAGAACGGACUCCUAGAUUCAAUACGGAUCAGCAAUGAGAAGCUAGAGAUGAUGAAAGAACAUCAAGAAGAGACAAAGACUACAGAUAAAUCAAGACAAGGAUUCCAUUACAAUUUGGACAAGCAAACUAAAGCAGCUGAACGGUUUAUAAGGAAACUCCAAUUUCAUCUUGCCAAAGUAGAAGAGCUUCAGGAGUUGUAUGAGAAGGAGCUUAAAGUCAGAGAAGGUGCAGUCAACAUGGUUAAAGCAUAUCACGACGCCCAUUCACCUAAAGCCAAGGAGCCUGUGAGUGAGGCUAAGGUUGGGGUUCGAGACUGCACGCAAGCAUUGUGCCAUAUGGAGGCUGAAUUGGAGGCUAAUCUUGGUGCCUUUGUAUUAAAGAUUGAGGGUAUUGCUGGGUUUGCACGAGUGACAAGAGGCGAUGUCUUUGAAAUCACUUUCAAGUAUGGCUUUCAAAAGUGGAAGACGAAAUGUAAGGUGGAGAAGGAUCUAAGUCAGACAUGGGAAGGUGACGAGAUUGUGCUUUAUCCUAUGGUUGGAGACUUCCUCACAAUAAAGGUCACAGAGAUCAGGGGUAUUGCAAGAUCCAACGUCACCAUUGGCAACCUGGAGUUUGAUACGUCAGAUUUCUAUGGAGCAGAACCGCAAAACUUGACUAUAGAUGUGAACGAAACUGGAACAAUUAAAUUGAACAUUAUUGUAACAUGGAGUCCUUUCCAUGUGGAUGAAGAAGAUCUCAAACAGCUCAACAAGAACUCGUAUCAUCGGAGAGAAAGAACGCUAACCGAUUCUAUGAUCAAUGUUCAUCAAAAGAGAUUAAGUACAGCAUCAACAUCCUCUUCCUCCGACACUCCGCACUCACCGAUGCGUCCAAAACAAAAUAAGCCAGUAGAGAUCUCAUCGUCACCAACCUUAACAUUAGAGGAAGCAUUACACAACGUUGUUCGCUUAUUAGAGAUCUUAACGGGACAGUACAGUGAACUGAGACCAUUAGAACAACAGAUAACUCAUCUAGACUCAUUCCUCAAGAAGAAUCUUGAUAAGAAGCGUCGUGAGUCAACCAUCAGUCUUUCAGUCAAGAAUGCUUUAGAUAGUUUUGACUUCCUGAAUGAGAUAGAUGAAGGUCUGAGUGACACAGUUGAUUCGUCCAGCAUGGAAGAAACAAAUCGCAAGAAUGCCUGUGAUAAUGUUGACGGUGUAGCCGUGUCGUCAGACCGUCUUAGUGACUCGACAUGUAUAGAAGAGGACCUCCCAUCGCAGGUGGAGCUUCGUGGCAUCAGGUCACCAUCCAGCAACUCGUCUGUCAAGAGAAGCAGCAGGUUUCUGGACCUUAGCGAGAAGAGGGAGAGUCGCAUGCUGGAGCUGAACGAGCAGCGGGGGAACCGUCUGCUGGAGUCCCCGGCGGAUAGUUCUUUCGGGAGCAUGAAGCGUCUUCCUGGUUCAGAAGAGAACUUGACGACAGGAAGUGAAUCCAUUGACGUGACUCUUACUCAUCAUCUCAUGUUUACGGAAUACCUGUUGAGUCAUCUUGGUGCAUUUGGUCCCCUCAAACUGAAGGAGACGAUAGCAUUGAACAAGCUCCAGCAGCAAGCAGCAAUAAUCGAGCAGCUGAUUGUGCUAGCAGUCAGCGGCGUCCAUGUCAGCUCGGCGGACGAAGGUAUUACCGGUCGUACCCAACGUAUACUAGGGCUGGUUCUUCCGGAAUUGAAGCUGAAUCUACCACUCUUGGAAUUCUGGGAACAAUGCAGAGAGAAGGAGGCCCUCUAUGUGAAUGCCGACUCAUUUCUUCUUCAGCUGGAUGUGAAGUUUGGAGCUAAACUCCGAACGAAUCACCCUGAGAUAGCAGAUGAUGUAUUCCAUAGUGUGUGCAAUAGGAUCAUUGAGAGGCCUGCAGACUUGAUGAGCCCAAAGACUAUUAUCACAUUAUUCCAAUAUGUCUCCUUCUUCACACAAGAGAACAGACGACAUCCGGAGAAAUGUCUAAAUGACAUCACCAAUGAAUUUGAAUUAACGGCAAGUUUAGAACCCGGUAGACCCGAGCUCCUGCGAACCAUCAAGAGGAUCCCCAAAGGCUUCCUCUUACCAGCGGGUAACCUGAGGGCGCUAGGUUUAUUGCUCCUAGAGGACAGCGCCACUGUGCAGGCAGCAGUCAGAAUGUAUCUAGAAUCCAUUGCUAAGGAAGAUGAUAUCAGACAAAAGGCUGUGACAGUAUACCUGGAAUGCCUUGAGGAAAGAGACCUGUCGCUACGUCAGGCUGGUUGUGCAGCUCUAGCUGCUAUGCAGGCAUCAGAGUCAUUUGAACAGUUGGUGUAUUUAGUACGCUGUGACAUAGACGAUGUGAAGACCACAGCCAAGGAAGCUCUUAUGGCAUUUGGUGAGGAAGGAAGGCUAGCUUAUGAACAAGUAUCUUACUCUCCAUAUGUGGCUUAUGAACACCAGUAUACACCGAAUGGUGCUCCAUUGAUGACAACCGAGUUAUAGCAUUGGUAUGCACUCAACAGUGCUCUGAUUUUUACCGAAGCUAAAUACACUAGCACCAGUAUACGCUCAAGGGGUGUUCUGCUAAAGACUACUGCAAUAUAGCACCAGUAAACACCCAACAGUGUUCUUGCUAAAGUGUUUGGUGUUCUGGUUCCAUUAUGCACCCAGCAUGUUCUGCAACAGAUUAGUGCAUCAUAGCACCUGUAUACACUCAACAGUGUGUGUUUUGCAACUAAUUACACCUUUAUGGCACCGAUGGACACUUCUUGCCAUGUUCUGAUGAUGAAUAUGGCACCGUAAAACUAUUAUACGCUCAACCAGUGCUUUUCCACAGACUACAGCAUUUUAGCACAAGUAUACACCUAGCAGUUUUAGGGGCGAAGGGUAACAGCAUUAAAGCACCAACAUACACUCAACUGCGCUCUGGAUAAGACUACAACAUUGACUCAACAGCAUGACACCACCAUCUUACACCUGGCAUUGAACCAGAAUAAACAGUAUUAUAUUAACUUAAAUGGUUACUUAAUAAUGACUUCAUGUUUUAUAGUAUGUGCCAGAUUCUUUACAUAUGAGAGUGAAUAAUGUUUUGAUUCCCAGUUGUUUAGUAAUCAGUCGUUAAAUUAAGAAGUUUUCAUUAACCAAAAAUGAUUAAUAAACACCACUGAUUAUCAUAAAUAUCUACAUGAUGGGACUACUCUUCCCUGUGAUUUAAAUUUCAAAAUAUCCAUUAUAAUAAUAUCCAUUAUCAGAGUUCAUCUAAAUCUGUAUUGUCCUUCUGCUGAUAUUAUGGUACGUGACCUCAACUCCGUUACGAUUUAUUCCAUUGUUCCAGCUUCACUUAUCUAUUCAUAGAAACAUGCUUUUAAAAAAUCAAUCACAUCUUUCCAUGACAUUUUACUUUGUCUUUCUUUUUUAUCCAUACCUCCCUCUUUCUGAUCUAAUAUGCUUUUGGUUUGUGUUCAUAUGUUCGGAAACACUCGGUCUUAUUUCAAGAAGUGUUGUCUUUGAACACUCUAAGCCCACAUUUCAUUUUGUCGCUGGAACCUGGUCCAUUUUCCUGAAGUUCUAAUAUCUACUCUGAGUUUUACUUGAUGGAAAUCCUUUCCAGACUGAUUACCAUUUUGUCUUUGCCGGAUUAAAGAAGAACCCAAGUACCUUAU